CACAAUCUUGAAAGCUUUUCUUUUUCCAAUUCAAAAGGCACCUUAUAAGGGAGGAGGAGAAGAAGAAGAAGAAGAAGAAGAAAACUUAGGAAGAACUAGGAAGCCAUGGUUUCAGCCUCCACACAAAAUGAGCUACCAUUGAAUGAGAAUGACUCACAAGACAUGGUCAUAUACCAAGUCCUAAAUGAAGCCAUGGUUAUUAACCCCUCAUACUUGCCACAAAGACACCAAAUGAAUCACCAACCAAAUGGCCUCGAACCCUCUAAGAACAUUGGAAAGAAGCACUAUAGAGGCGUGAGGCGGCGCCCUUGGGGCAAAUAUGCUGCUGAAAUCCGUGACUCUGCUCGACACGGUGCUCGUGUAUGGUUAGGAACAUUUAGCACAGCCGAAGAAGCUGCCUUGGCAUACGAUCGAGCAGCUUUUAGAAUGAGAGGUACUAAGGCCCUGCUUAAUUUCCCACCUGAUGUAGUGGCUGCCUCAUCUUCGCCAUCGUCUUCAAUUCAUAGAGUUAGGCCAAGUUUUAGUGUACCCUGCAGCUCAAAUAGUAAUAGCACAACUUCAGACUCAAGUGGCAGCUCUAGUUUGCUUUCAAUUGGGACACCAAGAUCAGAAUCUCAGAGCAGCACAAGUAAUGUGGAGGCACAAAAUACGCAGGGUCCUAUCAUCUAGAAAGGUUCUGUCUUUUUUCAUUUCUGUCUACCAAGCAUUAGGACAUUAAAUUUCAUCUCAUAUACUAGUUGCAGAGCUGAAGGUGUGGGAAAGUGUGCAAGUUUUUUUUUCUUUUCUAAUUAGCCAGUUUCUUGUCAUAGCCUGUGUAUAUUAGUUUCUCAUGGUUUGUGUAUGAUUUGUUGCUUUGCCAACACUCACAAACACACAAACGUAAUUCACAGCAAAAGAAAAAAAACAGAGGUACAGAAAUGUACUGCCGCAAGAAGUGAAUUUUAUUGGUUUGUAUUGUAAUAAGAGGGCCAGUAAGGCCAGAAAGAUGCAGAGUUAUGGGUGAAGAAGAAAGACCUAUAAGACUGAAUCA